CGAGGCGCAUCACGAGUUCGCGACCGGCCCACCCCGCGCCUCCUCUUCCCAGUUCCCAGGCGUUGAAGCGCCGCCGCCCCGCGCCCGCCCUCCGGCCUUCCGCACCUCCGCGGUCGCUUCCUGCUAUCCUGCUGCACCUCCUCCACCCGCGCCGGUCGCUGCUGCCCUGCUCCCUGCUCUCCCUCCCGGCCUCGCGUUGGAGUGCCAAGCAGCCGCCGGACGGCCGGAGCUAGGGUUUCGGCCGAAAGUCGCUGCGGCCAGGGCGCCGGUCGGUUCGCCGUCUUCGUCUCUCUCAUCUCAUUCAGUGGACAAAGUUGCAUCUGAACUGCAUUUGAUCCUCGGAGAAGAUGAUCGAGUCUUUUCUUGAUAGGAUGGUUUCCCAGCUUCGGUCAACAUGCAAGUACUACACUGGAUAUCCCAAGGACCUAGGGCCAUCAAGAAUUAUACCAUUUACAUCUGAGCGUCAGUUUGUGCAGCUAUUGCAUGAAGGAAGGCCUGUAGUAGUUGCCUUUACUAUUAAGUGCACUUAUACACAGCAUCUUGAUAAAGUACUGGAAGAGGCUGCUGCCAAAUUUUAUCCACAUAUCAAGUUUGUCAGAGUCGAGUGCCCAAAGUAUCCAGGGUUUUGCCUCACAAGGCAAAGGAAUGAAUAUCCAUUUGUUGAAGUAUUUUACAAUCCAGAACAGGCUGCAAGCCAAGGAAAGAGUGUGGAUCCUAACAUCACCAAGUAUUCUGUAAAAGUGCUACCUUUCAACUAUGAUCAGAGCGUGUAUGGAUUUCGGGAAUAUUUCAAGAAGCAUGAUUUCAAGUAUUCUGAAACAAACUAAUUCUGUCAUAAGAAAUCUGUGAUGAGAGAAGUCCUAGGGAGUUGAACCGUGGGGCUUUACCGGUCUCUUUCCUAGUUCAAUUAAGGAAUGCCUGUCAUGUACUCAUGUUAGGGUAUAGUCCAUGCCUUUAGAUAGCGCAGCAAUACCAAAUGCGUGUUGAGCUGUCGACCUUCAAUCCGGUAAAUUAAACAUUUCCGCAACCACAAGGAAUGAGUAUAUUGCACGUCUUUUUUUUCUUUUCAAAUGCGAGUGGUUUGCUAUGGUGUCAUUAGUUGGAGGUGGCAGUUUUUAGAGCGCAAACUGUCAAAGCCCCUGGACAAUUUGAUCUCGCUAUAUUGUAAAAGAAAUAUCUGGGUGACUAGUUGCUGCAUUUGGAUCCGAUUGAGAUUUGUUCCUAGAAAUACUCUAUUUAAUCAUA